UUUCUCUCCAUUAAUUAUAUUUAUGACACUACCACUUAUGGGUUUAAUCAUCACAAGUACUUAGCCAUCGCCACCCAAAUAGAGAAUAUUAAUCAAGAUCAUAUUUAGGGAAGGGUAAUUAACACGCUACAAAAGGAGAGCCGAAGAUAAAGCAAAUCCACGUCAACUUGACCGUGCGCCGCGGUCACAUUCAUCUUUCCAAAAAACCAAACCCCUUCUCCGCCUCCAGGUCAAAAAGGGCCCACCAACACAACACAAUACAAUUAAUACAAUAAGGAGAAAAACCGAUAUGAAUAAUAGAAUGAAAAGAUCUUCCUCAAAAUCACUCUCCACCGCCGUUUGUCUCAUUUUUUUUUCUUCUUCAACAAACAUGCACCUUUGAUUCAUACGAAUAAAUACAUAUAUUCGUGUAAUUUUGAUCUCCACGAGGAAGAUUCUAGAAUAUAGGACGAUUUUAUUCACUUUACGUAAACUGCACCGGUACGGUACCACCGUUGUUAGUGAAAUGGCGAUGGAGGAUAACGAGAGUUGUGGCAGUAGAGCGGUGGAUUUGGCGACUAAUACCAGUGGUCGUCAUCAGAGAAAAAAAUUGGAGGUUUACAAUGAGGUUCUAAGGAGGCUUAAGGAAUCGAACUACUACGACGAGGCUUUACAACCUGGCUUUGACGAUCAACUUUGGGCUCAUUUCAAUCGCCUUCCCACUCGGUAUGCGGUAGAUGUGAAUGUUGAAAGGGCAGAAGAUGUACUCACACACAAGCGAUUACUACAUCUUGCACAUGAUCCAGCUAAUAGACCUGCCUUUGAAGUCCGGUUGGUGCAGGUUGCUCCCGUUCCUGAUGAAAACUAUUCUGUUUAUUCGGGCUCUGCAAAGAAGGAAGUUAGCAGAAGUGUCCAUCCUCCACCUGCCUUUGGUUCUUCUCCUAAUCUUGAAGCCCUUGCUUGCGAAGUUAUCAAAUCUGAAGUUCAAGAUGAAGAUGAAGAUGCUCCUCCUUGUGCAAAUAUUUCACGGCCCAUGCAUGAAAUAACAUUCUCAACGGAUGACAAGCCGAAGCUUCUCAGCCAGUUAACUUCAUUACUAGCUGAGCUUGGGCUGAACAUCCAGGAAGCACAUGCCUUUUCCACUGUGGAUGGCUACUCCCUAGAUGUCUUUGUUGUUGAUGGUUGGCCCUAUGAGGAAGUUGUGCAACUUCGAACUGCAUUGGAGAGUGAAAUCUUGAGAAAUGAGAAAUCAUGGCCAAGCCCAUCACAAUCACUAAUAAUGCAGGAGCAGGACUUGAUCAAAUGUGAAUUUGACCAUUUGACAAUACCUUUUGAUGGCAUUGAUGUCUGGGAAAUUGAUCAUCAGCUUCUAAAAUUUGAAUACAAGAUUGCAUCUGGUUCAUAUGGUGACUUAUACAAAGGUACAUACUGCAGUCAGGAAGUAGCUAUUAAAAUCCUAAAAUCUGAGCGCUUGAACACAGAAUUGCAGACGGAGUUCGCCCAAGAAGUGUAUAUCAUGAGAAAAGUUCGUCACAAGAACGUUGUGCAAUUCAUAGGGGCUUGUACUAGGCCUCCUAACUUGUGUAUAGUAACAGAGUACAUGUCUGGGGGAAGCGUAUAUGACUACUUACACAAACAAAGGGGCAGUUUUAAACUACCUACUCUGCUUAAAGUAGCGAUUGAUGUAUCCAAAGGGAUGAACUACCUGCAUCAAAAUAAUAUUAUACAUAGGGACUUGAAGGCUGCCAAUCUACUGAUGGAUGAAAAUGAAGUCAUUAAAGUGGCUGAUUUUGGUGUUGCCAGGGUAAAGGCACAAACCGGUGUCAUGACGGCAGAGACCGGGACUUAUAGAUGGAUGGCCCCUGAGGUAAUAGAACACAAGCCCUAUGAUCACAAAGCAGACAUAUUCAGUUUUGGGGUUGUGCUAUGGGAGUUGCUGACAGGAAAGCUUCCAUAUGAGUACUUAACCCCAUUGCAAGCUGCUAUCGGAGUGGUCCAGAAGGGUUUGCGUCCAACUAUACCCAAGCACACUCCUCCCAAACUUGCUGAGCUGCUUGAGACAUGCUGGCAGCAAGAGCCAACAUCCAGACCUGACUUUUCUGAAAUAGUAGAUAUUUUGCACCAAAUAGCAAUAGAGGUUGGACAUGAUAGAGCAGAUCGUUGCAAGGAGAAGUCAGCUGGAGGAUUCUUUUCAUCCCUUAGACGUGGACAUCAUUGAGUAGAUGCAGCACUCAUACAGAAUGAUGAUAACUUUUUAUUUACUCCUAAUUACAUGUUUUUAGCCUUAUAAUUAAUUCAUACUGUACAGGUUCUUUUCCCUGAUCGAUGUUCCAAUAGUGAGAAGAUUUUUUUUUUUUUUUUUGCAUUUCUUUGAACAAGUGCUUGUUAUAAGUAACUGUCUUUCGGCCGCUUGAAAGACUUUAGAAUUGGACCAAA